AUGGCCCGAACCCCUCAGAAGCAGCUGCGGCAGCAGCAGAAGCCGAAGCAGCAGCAGAAGCCGCAGCAGGAGCAGCAGCAGCGUAAGCCCAAGCAGCAGCAGCAGACGCAGCAGCAGACGCAGCAGCAGGAGCACCAGCAAGAGCAGCAGGAGCAGCAGGAGCAGCAGGAGCAGCAGCCAGAACAGCAACAGUCAGAACAGCAGCAGCCAGAACAGCAGCAAGAACAGCAGCAGGAGCAGCAGGAGCAGCAGGCGCAGGAACAGCAUCAGGAGCAGCCGCAACAGCCCCAGCAGGAGCAGCAACAGGAGCAGCAGCAGGCACAGCAGCAGCAGGGGGCACAGCAGCAGCAGGGGCCACAGCAGCAGCAGCAGCAGCAGCAGCAGGACUACCACUGCGCGUCUAUGAUCAGGGCUGAUGACCCUUUGAUGGGAAAAUGGAUUAAUUUAUUUGUCGCAAUUGAAAAGCACAAAGACGCAGAAGCAGAAGCAUUGCUGCAAGAACUAACUGCCUCGGGACUCAGUCCAGAAGUCUUUUUGGAGCCCUUUCCCUCCCUCGUCGCCCACGCGGCGCUGCACAGCCCUGCUGCGCUGCAGCUGCUGCUGCAGCGCUUCCACUGCGACCCCAACCUCAGGGACCCAGGCGAGGGCCACCGCUUCCAAACGCCUCUUUUUGCUGCUCGCGGUGCUGCAGUGCAGCUGCUGCUCAGCAGCGGCGCUGCUGCUGCUGCUCUCGACGAAGGCGGAGACUCUCCCCUCACCUUUGCUGUGAAGCUCCGCCGCUACGACCAGGCUGCUGAGCUGCUACAGGGCGGAGUGCCGCCUUGGGAGUGCAUGGACGCGCGGGGCCUGAGCUGCGCGCACUUGGCAGCAGCAGCAGCAGCAGAAGAAGAAGCAGAGCAGCAGCAGUUUUGGGAAGCUCUUUUGGGAAGCUGGGGACAAAGAGCAGCAGAAGCAACAAAGCUGCUGCUGCUGCAGCCCGACAGCAGCGGCCGCAGCUGCAGCCAACGCGCAGCAGCAGCAGCACGCCCCGCGCUCGCGCAGCUCAUCGAUGACUGGAUCGCCCAACAAGGCGAGGCAGAAGCGGCAGCUAAAGAACAGCAGCAAGAAGCAGCAGCAGCAAAAGACAGCAGCGCCCCCAGCGAGAAAAAAGAAGAAGCAGCAAAAGAAGAAUUUAAUAAAAGUGAAGAAGAAAAAUGCGACGGAGCAGCAGCAGCAGAGACACCCGAAGGAGGCCGAGGAGUACAUACACCUGAUCAAGGGGCCGCUGCUGCGGCGCAAAACGAAACUGCUGCUGCUGCUGCUGCUGCUGCAGAAGCAGACAGCAACCCAGAAACAGCAACCAGAGAGUCUGAAAGAGAUGAGUCGGCCGAAAGAGAUAAAAACGAAAUAGACGCAGCAGCGCAGCAAACAAGAAACCAAGAGCAGCAGCAGCUAACCCCAGUGCAGCAGCAGCGGCAGCAGCAGCAGGUGCUGUGUGAAGCCGACAAGCAGCAGCACCUGCGCACGCAGGACCUGCACGCAGCAGCAGCAGACGCAGCAGCAGAAGACGCAGCAGCAGCAGCAGCAGCACAUCAUUCCAGAAGCAGCAAAUAUGAAAUGAAAAGAAGACACACAACAACUGACGUGCCUUAUGACUCGCCGAGCAGCUCCGCAGGCUCUUCAGCUGUAUGUACACCCCGCGCUUCGAAUUCAAAACUGCCGAUCCUGGACUUGAACACAUAUACAAGUUUCAGAAAUUGUUUCUUUCGAUUCUAA